CUGUUAACACACAUUGGUCGGCUUGCAGCCGCUGCAGCAGUUCGCUCCUCCUGUUGGGUUUUCUGCGCCUGGCUUCGGAGGAAACUGCCGGCUGAGGAAAAGGGCCCGGGAGGAAGGCUGAUCCCCGCCCUCCGUUUUGUUUUCUUUUGCUUUCCUCGCCCUCCGAGGAGCCUUGGUGCGCGGCGUUGCGAACAGUCCAUUAACACUGGGAAACUCUGCAAGGCUACGGCCGCCGGUGGGAGUAUGCGUGCGCCUGCGCGGCCGCCUUGGACGGAUUUGGAGAGCUUUGGCAUUGCCUACGAGGCGGGUGGGAGCGAGCGGGCAGUGAAUGCAGCAAGCGCACCAGGCGUGUCCUCCUGGGUAGGCGUGCGGUUGUAAUCAAUGGGGAUUCUGCCUCGUCUCCGGAGGCUCUAGUGGGUGCGCCUCCUCCGUCUCCCUCUGUUUUAGCCGAGAAUGAAAGGCGCCUCGGGCAGGCUGCCGGCAGCAUCCUUUCUGCACCCGGUGCGCGCCUGAGGCUGCAUGGCCGCAGUCUGGAGGCUUCGCGGCUCCCUGGGCUGGCGUCGGCGACCUCGGGUUGUGUGCGGGCGCGCCUUGCGUUUGGCCGGGAGAUGCUGAGCUGAGGUUGCGGGCGAGGGACGUGGCUCAGGCAGCUGGAAGAGGGCGAUCGGCUCUCCCCGGAUGGACACGCAGUCCCGGCGCUGUUGCUGCUGUGUGGCUUGGACACGCCGAGGGACUGCAGUCUCCCGCCCUGCUCUUGGCGGGAUGCUGGGCUAGCUGCGCUCUCCAGGGCGUCUGGUUGGGCGGGCUGCGCGCUGCGGGGAGGCGGUCGGUGUGUGUAGGGUAGGCUCGGAGGGCAGGCGCCGCAGCUCUCCAAUGGCCAGCCGCCGGAGGAGUAUCGAGUUGGAGCAUUUCGAAGAGAGGGACAAAAGGCAUCAGCGCGCGGGCUCCCGCCGGGGAGGCGGCAGCUCCACUUGCAGCAGCAGCUCCGGGCCCAAAGGCAACGGGCUCAUCCCCAGCCCCGCGCACAGCGCCCACUGCAGCCUCUACCGCACGCGCACCCUGCAGGCCCUCAGCUCGGAGAAGAAGGCGAAGAAAGCGCGCUUCUACCGCAAUGGGGACAAGUACUUCAAGGGCUUGGUCUAUCCCAUCUCCAGCGACCGUUUCCGCUCCUUCGAAGCCCUCCUUGUCGAGCUCACCAGGACCCUGUCGGACAACGUCCACUUGCCCCAAGGAGUCCGCGCCAUCUACACCAUCGAUGGCAGUCGGAAGCUGACCAGCCUGGACGAACUAGUGGAGGGUGAAAGUUAUGUAUGUGCAUCCAAUGAACCAUUUCGGAAAGUUGAUUACACUAAGAAUGUUAAUCCAAACUGGUCAGUCAACAUAAAAUCUGGGUCAUCUCGAUCCCUUACAUCUUUGACAUCUGCAAGAAGUGACGCAAAAGAGAGUAAAGACUUCAUAAAGCCCAAACUAGUAACAGUUUUACGGAGUGGAGUGAAGCCACGGAAAGCUGUGAGAAUUUUGCUGAAUAAAAAGACUGCUCAUUCCUUUGACCAAGUUUUGACUGAUAUAACAGAAGCUAUUAAGUUAGAUUCAGGAGUUGUCAAGAGAAUUUGUACACUGGAUGGUAAGCAGGUUACCUGCUUGCAAGACUUUUUUGGUGAUGAUGAUGUUUUCAUUGCUUGUGGACCUGACAAAUAUCGUUAUGCACAAGAUGAUUUUGUUCUGGAUCACAGUGAAUGUCGUGUUAUGAAAUCAUCUUAUUCCCGCUCAUCAGGCUCUCCAAGGUAUUCUGGAUGUAAAAGCCCUGGUCCUUCCCGUCGAAGCAAGUCGCCUGCUUCAGUAAAGAGGAGUGGCUACUACUCCAGUUCUUACUCUUCCGCAAAAUCCCCAGUCAAUGGAAUCCCCAGCAGCCAGCUUUCUACUCCUAAAUCUACAAAGUCUUCUAGCUCUUCACCAACAAGUCCUGGGAGUUUCCGAGGCCUCAAGAUUCCACCUCACUGUGAGCCUUCUUCUAAUGUUAAUGGCAUGCCUGAACUAUCAUCUUGCCUGAGUCCUGAAGGUGUGAAUGGAAACAAAUACUCAGGGACUUCAACAAUUCUUGAAAAAUACAAAGUGGGGAAGGUGAUUGGUGAUGGGAAUUUUGCUGUGGUUAAAGAAUGCAUAGAAAGGACCACUGGGAAGGAGUUUGCUUUGAAGAUUAUAGACAAAGGAAAAUGCUGUGGAAAGGAACAUUUGAUUGAGAAUGAAGUAUCAAUACUGCGCCGAGUGAAGCACCCCAAUAUCAUCAUGCUAAUAGAGGAGAUGGAUACUGCGACAGAGCUUUAUCUGGUGAUGGAAUUGGUCAAGGGAGGAGACCUUUUUGAUGCUAUCACUUCCUCCACAAAAUACACAGAACGUGAUGGGAGCGCAAUGGUCUACAAUUUAGCCAGUGCAUUGAAAUAUCUCCAUGGUCUCAAUAUCGUGCACAGAGAUAUCAAGCCAGAGAACCUUCUAGUCUGUGAGUAUUCAGAUGGAACUAAGUCCUUGAAGUUGGGAGACUUUGGACUAGCCACAGUGGUUGAAGGACCACUUUAUACCGUCUGUGGCACACCAACUUAUGUGGCUCCAGAAAUUAUUGCAGAGACUGGUUAUGGCUUAAAGGUGGACAUUUGGGCUGCAGGAGUCAUUACUUAUAUAUUGCUAUGUGGGUUUCCACCAUUUCGUAGUGAGAACAAUGUACAAGAAGAUCUGUUUGAUCAGAUUCUAGUUGGAAAGCUAGAGUUUCCUUCUCCAUAUUGGGAUAACAUCACUGACUCUGCCAAGGAGUUAAUUAGUCUGAUGUUACAAGUAAAUGUUGAAGCACGAUAUACAGCAGCUCAGAUUUUAAACCACCCCUGGGUGUCGGAUGAUGCCUCCCAGGAGAAUAAUAUGCAAGCUGAAGUAACAGGUAAAUUAAAGCAGCACUUUAACAACACACUACCCAAACAGAAUAACCCAAGUGCAGGGGUUUCUGUCAUCAUGAAUACAGCUCUAGAUAAAGAGAGGCAGAUCUUUUGCAACAAACACGGUCGAGGACCUGGACAAGCUGUCAGGGAGCGAAACCCCAUGAAAAAUGCUGCAGCUCACAAAUCAACGGUUGGGCUCAAGACACUUUGUCCUGCUGCAUCUGAGCCACUUAAACUCUCCACGCACCCCAUCUCAGCAUGUCAUCAUGAUACCACAGGAUCCAUGUAAACCAAGUCAACUGCUAGGUUGGAAAUCUGUUCUCCAAUACUGGUUUCUCGCCUCUUCCCUACCAUAGAUUGUCCACGGCUGUUUGAAAAGGAAUGCAGGUAGUAUACGUAGUGAUUUUUUAGGACUCUACUGGCAGUUCAAUUUGGAAAUGCAUAAUCUUUUUAAAAUUAAUGUUCAAAUAUAAUUUCAAGAAACCUUGGAACCAUUAAAAAAAUUAACCUACUGUCCUGGAAAUCAUAUCUUGAUUCACAGACUGUUUUUAAAACUUACCCAGCACACUUUCUGCAACAAGGCCCAGCAGAGCAGGAAGUCCUAGUCAUUUCUCUGUACAACUUUGAAACUCAGUUCCUGACUUGCUGUUGAGAGGCAACUUCAUCUAAAGACUGGACCUAGUGGACAAACUGUACACUACUGAAAUGCAGGGUGUGUGUGU